UUAUCUCGACUUGACAGUCACGUGACUAUAAAAUAUAACGUCUAGAUUGCGCAAAAAUGGGCAAUAAAUUAAUGAAGAUUGUUACCAGGCUCUUUGAUUAUCCUAUCAAACGCAAGCCAAUCUGUUUCUUCCGACAGGAGGAUUUCUCAUCCACUGGAGACCCUUUGCCCAAAGACGACGCCAGUCAACACGGCCCAAUGAGCGAGUACGAUAAGCUGGUGCAGAGUUUCUAUGCGCGCCUACUUGAGCAGCGUCGAGCGCACAUGGAGGAGGAGGAGAAAAACGAGUACCAAGGAACGAAGGGAUCCACCAAGUAUCCCGGCUGGGACGAUAUGACCAUCGCCAAUUUACAUUCGCUCUUCCUACUCUUCGAUAAGAAUUUGAACGGAAUGUUGAAUUACGAUGACUUUUCUGCUGUCUUGGAGAGCUUGGGAGAUGAGACCAGCAAUGAUUAUAGAAAACAAAUGUUUGACGAUAUUGAUCGUGAUAUGGAUGGCUGGAUUACAUACGAUGAAUUCCUAGAGGUCAUCUAUCAUUUCCAUCCGCAAGAAGGCGAUACUUUGACGGGGCUCGCAAAGUUGUGCUUCGACAUUGCCGAGAAUAUCAAAUUUGUGAGCGCCUUGUCUGUUGGAGAACAACUGGAAUAUGGCUUAUUCUAAUAUUUUAAUAUUCCUGAGAUUUAAAAAUCUCUGAUUGUAAUCAAAAGCAUACGUCGACUACAUUAAUUAAUUAACA